AUGGCUUAUUCUAUUCUCCUUCAUGGAGAGCCUUCUUCUCUAAUUACUCCUACACGAGGCAUCAGACAAUGUGAUCCUUUAUCACCUUAUUUGUUCAUCUUAUGCAGUGAAGGGUUGUCAGCGUUGAUAUCACAAGCUGUGCAACAACAUACCAUUCAGGGACUUACUAUGUGCCCUCAAGCCCCUACUUUGCAUCAUCUCUUCUUUGCAUAUGACAGCAUACUCUUUGGCUCUGCUACAAAUGAAGAAUGUCUACAAUACAAAUUGAUUCUUGAUACUUAUGAAAAGGCCUCAGGACAAAAGGUGAAUUUUCAGAAAAUCAGUGUUGUUUUUAGUAAUAAUGUCAAGGAAGAUAGACAAAAACAAAUGGCGGCUAUUCUGGGGGUUAAAUGUGUCAAAGAGCAUGACAAGUAUCUGGGAUUACCUAUGAGAGUUGGAAGAUCCAAGUCUGCCAUUUUUGCUUCCAUCAAAGAAAAGUUGACAAAGAAGUUAGUAAGUUGGAAGACAAAAAUCCUGAGUGCAGCAAGAAAAGAAAUUCUCAUCAGAGCAAUGACUCAAACUAUGUCAUUGUAUGCAAUGAAUUGCUACUUAUUGCCAAAAACUCUUUGUGAUGACAUUCAUCAGCUAUGUGCAUCAUUCUUUUGGGAAGACACUAAUGACAAGAAUUGA